AUGCCGAAAUAUACAUCCUCAAUCCUGACGCCUGCCCCGGCGCGCAGCCCUCGCCAAUGUACCUCUCGGCGCUCCCGCUUAUCAAACACGACUUUCAUAGCCAUCCCCAACCCGCCGACAGACUCAACACCCGGCGUCAAUUCCAUGAGGGCCCUCUGGAUCCAGCAGUUCUGCCAUCCAUAUGACAAUGCGCCACCGACGCCAGCCUCGCCGUCACGCCCGCCACCAUUCGCCGGCAACUCAACAACUCGAACUUCAAAGAUGCAGCCGACCGUCGCCCUCGGCCUCAACAUCCUCAUGUGCAUCUGCAUCUGCGCGGCGUCAACGCCCAACAACACCUCGUCCAACUCGGCAACCGCAGCGACCAGCCUAGGACCACAUACGACCUAUGCGACUGGGUCGCGGAUGGACCGUUCGCCAUGGUUGCCUGCGGCGCAAUCCCGACUCUGCACCUAG